AUGUCAAGUCGUUUGAUUCAAAACCUAACCAAACUUCUUGAGGCUGAAGAAGUAGCAGAAAGGUCGAACUUCUUCAACCAUGGAACUUCAAACUCGUUUUACAACCAUGGCAACCGUGGCCAAUAUUUCUCUGCUGCAAAUAACCGUACCUCGAACAAUUACGGUGGUCGCACUAUUAAUAACAGUGGCACUAUUAAUGGUAAUGGAAAUGGUGGAUUUAUAGAUGGUAACUUUGAUGCGUCAACAAUAAACUACAACUAUAAAUAA